CAGGAGAGAAUGCAAUAUACUCUGCCCAACAUACAAGUUUUCAUUGCCUCGUGGAUCACAUGAACAUAUAAAAGCUCUCUCUCCUUUUAAUACUUCGAUCAGCCCCCAAGCUUUGUUCUCAUAAUUUUGCGAAGAGACAUGGGCCAGUCCUUGAAGAAAUUAGCUCCUGGGCUAUUGUCGAGCUAUUUUAAGGCUAGGGCUUUAAAUUUUGAAGGUGUAGAUGAAUUGCUUGGACUGUUGUCAAUAUUGUCUAAAGAAAUUGGUGCCAGAGAAAGCAGUGAGGAAAACAAGGAAAGGGAAAUAGGCCACAUAAUAGAAAGUAAUUAUGAAAAAUAUUUUGGAGAAGAAGCCUUCAAAAAGCUUGCAGCUCAGGAAAAGAUUAUCUCUGCUCCAUAUUUCUUUCGAGCAGUAUGCGAGAUUGUCCAAGAAAUUAACAGAAGCCUUAAGAGCACGCAAAUCCUUCUCCCAGAUGAUGAGACUCUCAGGGAAAUUUAUAGAGAUAACUUCCAGGGCCAAGGAAAACGUUUGGGAAAGGACGACUUCCAAAAGAUCAUCCAACAAAUAAUAAUCAAAUCAGGGUUUACAGGUUCGGGCUCAAAAGACACAUUCCUCUUCAUCUUUGGGAUUCCUUUAAUCACAUACUUCAUCAAGCAACGAGUAGCGCCUAAGUCGAUCCCAAAUGAAGUCUUCAUACCUGGAGUCACCUCUGCCUCCGUCUACCUUCUUGCUAAACUUAACAAAAUAUGAUUAUACAUCAUGUGUGUGCUGUUGUUGAUCAAUGUUAGUGCCUUUCCAAUUCAUGUACUCAUGAAAAAUUGCUCCUUAUGACACUUUCAAAGCGAGAGAGUUCGAUUGGUAUGUAAAAAUAUGAUGUUUUCAAAUAUUAUCUAAGAAGAAGAGAUCUCAAGCUGAAAGGGUA